AUGAGUUUAAAUAGUUCCAAAAUUUAUGCAAAUAGAUUCGUAAUGAAGAAAAAAUUGUCUUAAGGAUCCUUUGGAAUGGUUUAUCAAGUUUAUGAUCGAGCUACAAAUGCUGAAUGCGCAUUGAAAGUUGAGUUGGAAGAGAAUUAGGAGAAGAAAACAUUAGAAAGAGAAAUUACUAUGCUUAUCUAAUUGGAAAAUGUUGAAGGAAUUCCAAAACUGAUAUGGUAUGGUUUUGAAGGACAGACUUAAUUGAUGGCAUUGCAGCUUCUAGGUAAAGAUCUAGCUUAUUACUUAAAACUUUAUAAGAAGUUCUCAUUUAAAUGUUGUUUGUAAGUUGCUUACGAUUGCAUAGAUAUUCUAAAAAAUAUACAUAAAAGGUUCAUCAUACAUCGAGAUUUAAAACCAGAGAAUAUUAUGAUGUCAAUCGAUUUAAAUUAAAUAUACAUUGUAGAUUUUGGUGUAAGCAAGAUUUAUUUUGAAGCAGAUCACAUGUAAAAAUUAUUUGUAAAAAAGUCUUACAAAGACCUUUUAGAUAGGACAAAGAUUUUAUUGGUACUCUCAGAUAUGCUUCAAUUGCUGCUCAUAAGGGAUAAGAAUUAGGAAGAAAAGAUGAUUUAGAAUCAUUAUUUUAUGUCAUCUUUUAUUUCCUAAGAGGGAAUCUACCUUGGCAAAACAUCCCCGUCGAAGAUAGUGAACGUAAUAGAAUUGUUGGAGAGAUGAAAUAAACCAUUUCUGUAUAGGAAUUAACAGCAAUGAAGUGUCCAGAAUUCAUUAAAAUUUUUCAAUAUAUUAGAAAACUAAAAUUCGAUGAAUAGCCAGAUUAUGAAUUUAUUAAAGAUCUUCUUGUAGAAGCAGCUAAAAACAAUAACAUUAAAUUAGAUGGAUAUUACGAUUGGACAGAGGGAAUGAAACUUAGUAAAAAACUUUCAGAAUCUAAAGUUUCUUUAGAUAAAAAAGAACCUUAAUCCCCUAAAUAAUAAAUGAAAAGCACCACCAAAAUCUCCAAUUAAGUGAUUUGGUCUGUGUGUGAUAAUUCAAAGUACUUAUUCUACAAUAUUCACAGUCGACCUUAAUCAUAGAAAAAUCUCUUAAUGCCUCCAGAAUUAUAAAAAAAAAGGAGUGAUGUUCAUCAUUUUUCUAGCGGUUCAAACAUUUCUGUUGUUAUGGGCACUUAUAGUUCAAUGAGAUUAAGGUAUCUGCCAUCAGCGAUUAAUAAAAAGAGUCCUGGAUUAAAAAGGAUGGUUUCAAUAGAAUUUGUAGCACACGAUGAAUCUGUAUACUAGGAGUAAAUUGAUGAAAACUAUGAGGAAAAUCCAUUAAAUGAAAAGUAUAAGGAGUAUCCAAAUGAAAUGUAAUCAUAUUAUGAAUAUUUGUAGAUGUUUUAAAGGGAACAAUAAAUUUAAUUAGAUUUAAAAAUGA